UGGGAACACUAACCUUAUCGAGGUGUGAAAAAUGAUUUCUCACUGAUGUGAAAUUGAAGGUCCUCAUGCUUCCCGAAACAGUACCGCGAGCAACGUGCGUUAAUGUUCACACCGAGCAUCGGAGAUCUUACUCCCCUCUAUCGAAGACACCUUCGUCCAACGACUCCGAUGUGUAAUGUAGUGGAACUGAGACGAUCGAGUGGAACUGAGACGAUCGAGUGGAACUGAGAAAAUCGACUGGAACUGAGACGAUCGACUGGAACUGAGACGAUCGAGUGGAACUGAGAAAAUCGACUGGAACUGAGACGAUCGACUGGAACUGAGACGAUCGAGUGGAACUGAGACGAUAGACUGGAACUGAGGUGAUCGAGUGGAACUGAGACGAUCGAGUGGAACCGAGAUGAUCAGGGGUUAACCCUACCCCUGGUUAUUUAAAACAUGUUGCAGAAAAGUUAUUAUGUUUUCAAAUCCUGAACACUUGAUUUUUACCGACCCAGAUGUAGGCUAUAGACUAUAUCAAUGACCCAGAUGUAGGCUAUAGACUAUAUCAACGACCCAGAUGUAGGCUAUAGACUAUAUCAACGACCCAGAUGUAAGCUAUAGACUAUCAAAGACCCAGAUGUAGGCUAUAGACUAUAUCAACGACCCAGAUGUAGGCUAUAGACUAUAUCAACGACCCAGAUGUAGGCUAUAGACUAUAUUUUACCGACCCAGAUGUAGGCUAUAGACUAUAUCAACGACCCAGAUGUAGGCUAUAGACUAUAUCAAUGACCCAGAUGUAGGCUAUAGACUAUAUUAUACCGACCCAGAUGUAGGCUAUAGACUAUAUUUUACCGACCCAGAUGUAGGCUAUAGACUAUAUCAGUCUAUUUCCUUAAAUACUGAUUGGUGCGCGUAACUUUUUAAAACUAGCCCUAUAGAUGUUAUAGGCCUAAUGUAUAAUCUAGAAAUAAAGCCUAUUAUGUCAUGCAGUGCAGUUCAGUGCUUGAUGAUUAACCCAGUCAACUCUACUCCCCCUGAUUCCGGACUGUUUCGCAACCAGGGCUUGUGUCCAAAAAUGGCAUACUGUUCCCUACAUAGUGCACUACUUUCUACCAGAUUCCUAUGGGCCCAGCUCAAAAUAGUGCACUAGACAGGGAAUAGGGUGCAUUUUGGUACGAACGAGAUCCGUUGAGCAGCGGAGCGCCCGCCUGGCUGGCAGACUGUCUGUUUCUAUCAGUUGUGUUCAGAUUAUUGCUGUCAGUCAGCAUGGCCCUUCUCUCCACUCUCACGCCGGUGUUUGUGGCUGUUUUAUGCGUGAUCCUAGUUUUUCUGUUCAAAAGCUCUCAGAAGAAGGAGAACAAGGCAGUGAAACGUGAGCCGAAGCCCGAGGCCGAGGCCCGACCGUGGGUAGACGAGGAUCUUCAGGACGACACAGAGAUCCGACACAAAGAUGAAGAGGAUGGUGAUUGGGUGGAGAGUGGUGGGGAGGAGGAGCUGGCCCACGUGCCCUACCCGGCUUCUCGGUACCCCGUAGAGGUCAUGGUUCAGAGGUCACAGGACUUCUUCAGCCUGAUGAACCAGAGGAGGUCUGUCCGCUUCAUCAGCCCAGAGCCCGUUCCACGACAGGUCAUCGACAACGUCAUCCGCACUGCAGGCACAUCCCCCAGUGGAGCCCACACAGAACCCUGGACGUUUGUGGUAGUGUCAGACCCAGAGGUGAAGCACCAGAUCAGGCUCGUGGUGGAGGAGGAGGAGGAAGUCAACUACCGUCAGAGAAUGGGGGACAAGUGGGUCAGCGACCUGCAGAGGCUCAGGACUAACUGGGUGAAGCAGUAUCUUGAUUUAGCUCCCUACCUCGUGUUGAUAUUUAAACAGACGUACGGCAUCGUAGCUGGAGGACAGAAGAGGACUAAUUACUACAAUGAGAUCAGUGUGUCCAUCUCCUGUGGCCUGCUAUUGGCCGCGCUGCAGAAUGCAGGUCUGGUGACGGUGACGACGACGCCCCUCAACUGCGGCCCCCAGCUCAGGCUGCUCCUCGGUCGGCCAGCCAAUGAGAAGCUGCUGAUGCUACUCCCUGUUGGUUACCCCGCCCCCGACGCCACCGUGCCCGACCUCACCCGCAAGCCACUCGACGACAUCAUGGUACACCUGUGACAUCAUCAUAAAGGGCCCGGCCGAGUGACAUCAUAGAUGUAGGGGUGCCUUCUGUCCUCGUCUUCCUCCCAGUUAUCUGCAAUGAUUUGUAAAGCAGCAACAGUCAUCAAAAUGUUUACUAUUCUAAUAAAUGCAACAGUUGGACAAUAAAUGAAUUCCAAACUUUUAGAUUUUUUAUAAUCCAUCAGAUAUCGAGUGAAUUAUAGCAUAAAACAUUUUACUGGCACGGACAAAUAAUGUUCAGGUUUUUGGUGGAAAUUCAGGUUUACUGUUCAAUUUAUUGUUAAAUUUCACUUGUUUUUUUUCUUAGAAUGCUUCUAAUAUAUACAUAUUCUAAUGGUAUCAGGUAUUUUUUGUAACUUUUUUGUGUUAAAAUGGUAAAGAAUGAAAA